UCAGCCAUUUUCACAGCAGGGGUUCCUCUGCUGGAGGUGGGCGGGGCCUGGCUGGAUCAGAGGCCCCGCCCACCCGAAGCCCCGCCCACCGGGACGCACCGGGAGCUGCAGUUUGGAGCUGAGCCGGUAAUCAAGCCAAACGCUCCUCCUGCAGCUGCGACUAAACUUUUCUCUUUGUUCCCGUGUGCACGGGUCCGAGCCGACCCGGUCCGGUCCGGUCCGGUUCUCAAAGUUUGUGAGCAGGAGUUUGCGGAGCGGCGGAGAUCCGCUCGGUUGGACCCGAAGGUUACAUAAGAGCGGACAUAAAUCCUGAAUGAACUCCGUGUCCGGCGGCGCGCCGCUCCGCGCGUAAACGCGCCGCCGAGUCCAGAUUCCAGCUGAAAAGCGAGGACGCGCGGUUCUGACCCGGUUCUGACUGAGUGAAAAUGAAAGUUUGGAGCAGGUUUCCCCCCCUGGAUGCACGCUCGGAGUAUCUUCCUGACUUUAGAGUGUGGAGCGUGAAGCCGCGCGUCCUGGCGCUGAACGGGAUGGAUGAUCGUGUGAGCGGCGGGAUGAAGCCAGGCUGCUGUGAAUAAGACUCCGCUCCUUCCUGUGGAUAUAAAGUGACUGAAGGACGGUGAUUUUCUUUUUUUUUUUCAUGCGCUUCGGUUCUGGUUCGAGAACAGCCGAACCGAAGAGACGCGGAUGCUCGCCGCGCCGCCGCUCAUGGCGCGCUCCUGGCGGCCGCCGCUGCCGCCGCCGCUGCUGCUGCUGCUCGGACUGCUGCUGCGACUCUGCUGCGCCGUUACCGACGACCGGCUCAUCUCGGACCGGUACGCGGUCUACUGGAACAGCACCAACCCCAGGUUCUUCCGGGGCGACUACACGGUGGAGGUGGCGAUCAACGACUACCUGGACAUCUACUGCCCGCACUACGAGGCGCCGGAGCCGGCGGAGCGCAUGGAGCACUACAUCCUGUACAUGGUGAACUACGACGGCUACAUGAGCUGCAGCCACUAUCGCAACGGCUUCAAGCGCUGGGAGUGCAACCGGCCGCAGAGCCCAAACGGGCCGCUCAAGUUCUCCGAGAAGUUCCAGCUCUUCACGCCCUUCAGCCUGGGCUUCGAGUUCCGGCCGGGACACGAGUACUACUACAUCUCGUCUCCACAUCCCAACCUGGCUGGGAAGCCGUGCCUGAAGCUGAAGAUCUACGUCAAACCGAGCAACGACUCCAUCUAUGAAUCUCCAGAGCCCUUCCUGACGGACGACACCACCGGCGGCGGCAGCCCGGCUCUGCCGUCCGCCAUGUUGCUCUCCCUCCUCCUCAUCCUGCUCCUCGCCUCCUCGUAGCACCUCCUCCUCUCCCUCCCGCUGCGGCCGGGACACAUUUGGGAAGCGGGCGCAGCUCCCGCUCCCUGACCUCUGACCUUUUCCUGGACGUGGAUGAGGAGGCGGAGACCGGCAGCGGGAGGAGCUGCGUCUGGAGUUUCUGGAAACUUUUCUGUUAAAAAAGCAAAAACUCUGUUUCAGAUCUGAGCGCUGAGGCUCCACUGACCUCCAUGUUCACAGCUGGCUGGAAUUCAUGCAUUUCAGGAAACGUGUUUAAAAAAAUCCGUUCAUUCUUUAAAAUCUCAUUUUGUUCAUUUUCAAGUUGAAGCCAAAGUUUUGUACGUCUGAUCUUGAAGCCUCGCUAAGGCCAUGCCAGCUGUUGCUCACCUGAAACAAAACGGUUUGAAACGUCGACAUGUUUCACUCUUUUCCAUUAAGACUAACUAAAUCUUACUGAAACCUUAACGAGCUUCUAUUACGUAAAAUUCACAUUUUGCACGUUUUAAUGCUUCCAUUUGAGUCUCAACAAUUCCUACAAACAAUUUUAAGCAUUUAAAAAAUCAGCCAGGAGUUUUUCUGGCAAUAAAUUUAUGUUUUUUGGUGUCUAGAAAACAAGUCGUUUCAAAAACCUCUGGAACGUUACCUAGCAACCCCAGCUGAGCUACGCCCGUUACCUAGCAACCCAAAGGGAACUCCAGCUGAGGGUAGCGCUGUACAAUGGCUGCUGGAAAAGAGUGUUUUGUUGUUGACUUACCAUCCAGAAGCCACUUGAUGCAUUUUAGUUGGUUGUGCAGGAGGCUCCACUUCUGCUUUUCAAAGAUGUACAGUUGUAUAAUUCUGCAGUCAUUCUCACAUGCAACAGUUGGGGGCGUGGCCAGCGGCAGCUUAUUUGGAUUUAAAGAGACAAGACAGGUAAAAUCUCAUCCUCUAAAUAUGAUUUUGUGCAGGAAAUGUGAAGAACAUAUUUUAUUUUAUCCAUAGGUCUGUCCUCACCUGUUCUAGGUCACCUGUAAUGAGAAAGUCAAACUCUCUCCAACUAGUCUGUGGUUUUUAAAUGGAAACUUCAUUUAUUUACCCGAACUUUGAGGAAAAUUUAACCAAAUUCACACUUUCUAUGUUGAAAUCUCUCCCAAAAUAAUACUUUUGUUUCACAAAUAAAAUGUAAUUAUGCUUCAAAAUAUUUUUUUUGAUUGUAAUAAAUUUGUGAAUUAAUAAAAAAUAGCAUUUUUUAAACUAGACAUGUUAAUUUCCUUAUAAAUAUGACAGAUAAAAAUAGUUUAAAGGUUUCAUUAACAAUGAACAGUGCCAUCUGGUGGCCACAUUAAACACUGCCGCUUUAGCAAACUGUCAACAUGUCUGGAAAACUUCACCAAAAUACUGAAGUUUCUCCCUGUUCCAUGAAAUCUUUUAGUUUCAAUCUGCAAUAAUUAAAAAUUACAGCAAUAAGAGAUCAAUUGAAGCAAUGUUUAAAUGAACGAUGAGUAGUUAUUUAGAUAAAUGAGUUAUUUUUGGAUCCCUUGUGAAUGAAAGGAGUUCAGUUCUACCUGUGCAGCUUGUUGGUCAGUGGAGUCCAGCUUCAGCCUGAGAAACUCAUCAGAGACUGAAACCAUCUGCAGCUUUCAUCACUGGGAACUUCAUCUGUCUGCAUGAAGAGGGGAAGGCUCCACCCAGAGGCGGCCAUGUUUCAAUCACCGAUGGUCGCAGCGAGACAGUUUCCACCGGCAACAAAAUCAAUGCAAAAACCACAAAGUUACUCAAAUAUUCAUGAGUCACAUCAGUCAGACAUAACGGGCUGAAAGGUGUGUUACUCUCAAUAACUGUUUUCAUUACAUAUGUCAGCAAAACGUUGAUAUUCUGCUAAUGUUGAAAAACUUUCAACAUUUCAUUAAACGGACACUUCCUGUCAUCUUCUUUGUCAUUUCCGCCAGUAGUAACAUGUGGCCCGAGUGAUGCGAAGAAAGGUUUCCAUUGCAGUUUUGUGAAACACAUUAAUUUUGAUACAGCAGAAAAACAACCUCACCUUGGCGCAUAAAACUGGAGUUUUUUUUUAGAAAUUGAUGUUUCCAAUGAAGCAAAUUAAUUUUCUUGAUUCCAAUUUGCACAAUUUUAAGGCCAGUUUCCAGUUUAGCUGCAUUUUCACUACAAAUGUCAGCAAAACGUCGAUAUUCUGCCAACAUUGACAAACCCUUCUUCAAAAUUGCAGCGUUUCCAUUAAAUGGACACUUCCUGUCGUCUUCUUUGUCGUUUCCUCCAGUAGCAACAUCCAGUUGUUGAUCAAGUGACUCUUAUGAUGUGAUAAACGUUUCCAUUGCAGUUUUGCGAUGGUGCUGCUUGCGAUGCGUCUAAACGUCCUCAGACUUGGUGAACUGUGUUUGUGGAUGUUGUGGCUCAGCUCUGACUGUGAUCUUCAUCGUUAAUAAUCGGAUUAUAAACCGUCCGGCCCAGCAGCAGCCAACGCCCCGACGCCUUUCCUUCCUGAAAACCUGCCAAAGACUUGCUAAACUUUUUUAUUGGAUGCUUCUUUGGAGUCGGGUUUGGGCUGGUGGAUGAUUUAAAGGGGCGGAGCUUCCUUCUUAUUUUCUAAAUUUUGUCGUUUUGUUGUAAAUAAAAAGUAAAACCGAAUGUCCUGCGAAAAAUACAAAUGUACAAAUAUAUAAAUGGCCUUUUUCUCCCCCUCCCCCACUGGUGCUGAAUUUUUAAUGACUGCGAAACAGCGCCACCUUGUGGUGGCGCCUUUCAUCAGAAAAACCCCAAACUUUGUGUUGUCUUCAUCACCUCAUGACGUCCUUCCAUCCCGAUGGAGGGAGGCGUGUCCUUGUGAGCGGAGGAGCCAGGGGCAUGCUGGGAAAUGCAGUAUCUCAAACGGCGGCACUGUGACGGAAGACGGGCGAAAACGUUUCCAGAACGGACGUUUCCUUUCGCCAUGUUGUUUUGAAACCCAGGAGAUUAUCACACGAUGUAAAGUCUGAUGUUUGCUGUUGUUUUAGUUCCUGUUUGGUUCCUGCCUGAAUCACGAUGCAUUCUGGUCGCUGUAGUCCUGUGAGUUCUGGUUCUGUUGCUGGUUCUGGUUCAGUGGGUUCUGUUGCCAUGUUAACGAUGAUUUCGUGUGAAUGAAUUUAGUUUUUUUGUGGCACUAAACAUAAAAGAAGAGGAAUAGUUACAGAAAAUAAAGCUAAGUGUAUUCAAGAAGGAAAUGUUUUUCUACAUCAAAAUGUCUCCAUAUUCUAUUCUUUCAAAGACAAAAAAAAUCCGUUUUUUUAUAUUUUCUUAUUGGAUGCUUAUAAAGUCCUGUUGUAAAGUUAAAGCAUUUAUCUGAUUGGCUCCGGAGAGGUCAGAGGUCACAGGCCUCCUUUUGUUAGCCUGCGCUGCAUGAGCAGGAGAAAUAAAUUAUAUUUCAGAGAGAAAAUGUUACGAUAUGAACCUGUGUUUGAUAAAAAGUCACUGCUAUUAAAAAGAAGAUUUAAGUUCCA